UUCAAAAUUAUUGUGCAAGAGGUGAUACCAAUUGUUUAUGAUCACUUCAAAGAACUAAAAAGAUAAAACUAUGACAAACAAAGAGGGGUAAUAAUCAUUUCAGUAGCUGCACACGACUAUAAAAAUAUAAAAGUCUUUGUGAGUCAGAGUGUGGUAAAGUUUUGUUAUUACCCAAACUGCAGUGGGUGUAGCCUUGUCCUCUGUGUGCACACUCACUCUGCAAAAGAAAGUCAUUCCAGGUGUCAGUUAGUCACUCCCUCUAAGAACUGUCUCAACGUGUUCUGCAAUUAUUAACCGGCGGCGGCGGCUGUGCCGUUCCAUGCUUUGUGCCACGCGAACUGUACUCUGAACCUUUGAGCUUAAAAGCAAAAACAAGAAAAGAAAAAAAAUAUCCUCCGUUAAAACCUUAAACAUGGAGUAGUUUGUUUUAUUGGUUAGGAGACUGCAAGAAAAGCUGAUCAGGGCGCUGUUAUAGACGGCUGUGAAAGGUGAAAAUGGAAUAAAGCAAAAGGAACAGGCAGAGCAGCGUGGAUAUCCCAGCAGCUGCACUUCAGAGCCACAGGCUUGUGUAGAAUAAACAAAUGGUCGGGUCUGCGCUGUCACUACUGGUUACUGGGUGGAGUACUGUUAUUAAAUCUCUUUGAGACAAGCAGGAAGAAAAAAAAGAAAGAAACUGAAAGAGUGGCAGCACAGCCAGAGGAGGGAUAAAUAUAACUCAAAAACUUCAGAGAGACGUUAUAUUUAAACAGGGGACGGACAAAACUAGCAAAGUGGAUCACAAAGGGAGCUCCAUUCGGCAUGUAAGACAAGCAGCUAAUCAACAAUGAAUGAGGCUGCUCUUCUCCCAGUGAUCCAAAUAAGAGCUGGAAGGACUUUGUCCAGAGCAGAGUUUCUGUCACUGCUGAACACAUACAACUGCUUUUUAAAGGACCAGACUCAGCUGCACCUCACCUACACUCAGGGAGAAGACAGACAGGUGAUUGUGGAAGGCUUUUUAAAUAUCUCCUGGGGAGUGAGGAGACCCAUCAGGCUGAAAAUACAGGAUGAAAAACAGAUCUCCCAGAAUUCGUCAGACCCCACCAGUCCACUCAGCCCGUUAGGGUGCAAGAGCAGUAUCUCUCGAUGGGGAGAAUACGUCGAUCUUCACCAGAUAGACGAGAUCUCUGAAACAGCUCAUGAAACUGUAAUGAAGGAUCCCAUACCAGGCCCGGUUCCUUAUGAGAGUGCCACUCUGCGUCCUACGAGACAUAAGAACCAACAACUGGAGAUGGAGUCCAACCUGUUCCGCUGUAUGAGCGAUGCAUCCUUGGUGAAGAGGAGGAGGCGAAAGGGAAAGUCGGCAGCACAGAGAGAGACAGAAAGACAGCACCGCUUUUCCAUUAACGGACACUUCUACAACUAUAAAACCUCCAUCUUCACGCCAACGUUUGGUACUUCAACUAAAGUGCGGAUCUCUAGUAGGAUGACCACAGACCAAGUCAUUGAGCAACUAUUAAAUAAGUUCAAGAUCGAGAAUGAUCCAGAGGAGUUUGCUCUGUAUUGCAUUCAUCAAAGUGGAGAAAAGAGGAAGCUGAGCAACAAAGAUCUGCCGCUGUGGGAGCGCGUUCUGUACGGGCCGUCUGACGACAUCAUGAAGAUCUUUCUGAUGGACAUGCAUGAAGAGGAAGUCAGCGAUGAUGUUGCUCAGUAUCUGAACUUGGAGCGUUCAAUCCUGGAGCAGGUUCUUCUGCAGCUCAGAGAGGAAGAGAGCAGAGAAAUCCAGAGUGUCAUCAUCAAGUACCAGCACCAGCACAGACUUCUGUCUCAGGUGCUGAACUCCAAAAUGUCCCCUCACAUUGAGACCACCGUGUGACAGCACCAUCCAUCCAUCCAUCUUGAAACAUACUCAUUCAUGGUCACCAGGUUGCUGGAGCCUAUCCAGCUACGGUUGGGUCCAUUGUAGACCUGCACAAACUCUCAUUGACAUCUAAAGGACGAUUUAGAGUCACCAAUUAACCUAUAAAACAUGUUUUUAGACUUUUAGACUGAGGCGAGAGCGUUAACCACUACAACACCCUUCAGACCAAUUUUUACAAAAAAAUGAAAUUCUAGGUUUAGAUGUUAAAAAGUAAAGUUUGGUGUUCAGCUUUUGUUGCAUGUUCUAUUAAACACAUGUUGCUUCUGUAUUAAGUCAGUUUUUAUACACUAUACUAUAAGGUCUCCCUUAAUCUGUAAAUGAAGACAUCCCCGUUGUUUUAAAUGUAUUUUUAAUAAAAGGGACCAACAGGAAUAUUUCUGUAUUCUUCUCUCUAAGUGUAACAUUUCCAGUCAGAGUUCAAUACCUGCCAAAUACAAGCAAAACUUCAAUUUGUCGGGUCACACAAACACACUCUUGGCACCACAAACAUCCAUCCCAGAGUUUAAUUUAAUUAAUUGCACAGUUUACCGUAAUACUCACAUUCCCCGCAGCACGAGGUGCAUCCAGGGGCUGCGUGGAAUUUCCACACUUAUGUGCUUUCACAAUGACCUCAGCCAACACAAACACACACUCACUUGUCACUCCAAGUCUUUGUAACUCUUUGAAAUGACUCACAACUACCACACAGUGGUCUGUAAGAACACACAAUAAUUCCAAACGCUGCA